AUGUGUACCACCUUGGCGGUCCUCACUGCCAUCGCUCUCAUCCUGCGGCAAAGAUUCUCCAACAAAAUCAAACCAUGUGAACUAAGAUCAGUGAGCCAACAUCUCAAGUCUGGUGAGCAUGAGGCUUCAAAGCCGAAGGGAAAAGCAUCCAAAAGUCUCUUUGAAGAUGAUGAUUUGCUUGACAGUUUAUUUGCUGACGAAAAACACCCGGUGAGAGGGAAAUCAGCUCGUGGCGGAUCAGCAAAUCACUCAUCCGUCUCUGAUAACAUCUUCAGUAUGCUAGCGGAGGAGGUGAAGAAGGAUGGUGAGGACGCUGAGGACUCUGAUGUCUCGGCAGCAGAUCCUGAUGACAUACUGAAGAACAUGAAGGACAUGGAUGAUAUGGAUGCUGACCUUUUUCCAUCAAAGAAAAAAACAAGUUCAGCUCCUGCACAAACAAAACCGUCUGGUAAUGAAGGGCCAAAGAAAGACUCUGCUGCAUUAGAAAGUAAUGUAAAACCAGAGGGAGCAGAUGAACCCGGCAAAGGAGGCAAGAAGCCAAACUCUGCUCCUUCAUCCACAGCACGCAACUACAAGAAGUUCACUUUCUCUGAUGUAGACGACCCCCUGGAUGACCUGCUUGAUGACUUGUUUCCAGAUGAAACCAAAGCAGAAUCUAAAUCUGGUGUGCAGCUGGCCAAACCUGAAAAGUCGGUGCCAUCUCCUGCAGCGUCUCCUAUCCUAAGGACUAAUGCAACAAAAAAGCGAGGUGAUCUUACAUUUGAGGAUGAUAAGGAUGACCUGAUGGAUGCACUUGGAUUCGACAGUGAUAAAAACAAGACGAAAGAGAAUGCGCUUUGGACCAACAGGGAAAGAAGUGAGCAGCCUCAGAGAGCUCGUACUCGGCUUGAUGAAAUUCUGGAGAGUUUGACUUCACCUCGUCUUCUUGAGCGACCACCCACGGGUGAGAGGAAGGACCAGCCUCAGUCUCAAGACAAGCAGCAGCAGGAGAAGACCUCCAGUGUGAAACAGCCAUUGUUAGAGGAUGACCUCACAUUUGGAUCUUAUCAGCCCACAUUGGUAUCCACCCCUGAAGGGCGCCAGUCCCGUAGGCAGUCUGUCAGAUUUUCUACAGAGGAUGUCAGUGCCUCCACCCCAGAGAAGAAACCAAAACCCACUACCCCCACCUCCACUCGAUCCCGCAACUCAGCUGAUUGGCUAGGCCUCAAAACAAACGAUGACUACGUAGAUGAUGAUGCCAAAGAGAAAAAGACGUUCAUAGAGUCUCCAAAGGCUCCAUCUUCCCCACUAUUAGAGAGAAAGCCGUUGCUGACAGGUGGUCAUGCCGCAUCUGCUGUAAAAUUGCCAGCAGACACCUCGGCUCAAUCUGAAAACAUCGCCAAAAAAACUAAGCCAGAGGUCUCAAGAAGCCAGAAGAAAGAAGAGGAGGAGGACGACGACUGGUUAUCAGGAGCACUGAGCAGAAAGAAGACUCUGGCAGUUUCAAACUCUGAAGCAAAAAGCUCCAAGCAGGAAGACUCUCUAGGCCUGGGAGAAGAAGGGGAUUUGGAGUCAUUUGUAAGUAAGCCGGUCACAUCACAAGCUGCCAGGAGCAGAGAUGACACUCUUGCGUCCGUCAAAGAAACUAGCAACACUUUUCUGGGACAGCCAAGUCCUGCUGCUCACUCCACCCCUGUCAGAGAUGAGAAGACCAAACAAGCAGUUCCACCGCAAAACCAAAUGCAAAACAUGCCAACAGCUGUACAACAACAGGUGACAUUUUCAGAAGACAGUCUGCAGCAGCUGUUACUGCAACAGCAGUUGAUGCAGACUCAGUUGCUGGGUCUCGGGGGUGUCGUGGACGCAGGCGCGCUGCAGAGACUUAAAGAGAAAGAGCAGCAACCUGGAGAUCAUCAGGCUUUACAGGCUCGCAUCAUUCAGCUGGAAGGACAGGUGAAGACCCUGCAGCUGGAGCGAGACCAAGGCCAGAUGUUGCUAGAGAGUGUCCAGCAGCGGCAUGAAAAGGAUAUGGAACUCAUGGAGAACGCACACAAGGCUCGCGUGAAGCUGCUCGAGGAAUCGGCAGCCCAGAGGGAGACACGAGCGCAGCAGGAGUGUGAAGACCUAAUGGAACGCCUGGCCACAGCAACACGAUCUGCUGAGCAGGAGCGUACGGAGCUGCAGGCUCAGUACCAGCGGAAACUGGCCCAGGCCCAGCAGGACAGAGACCGUGAGGUGGAGAGGCUCAGAGAUCUUCAGAGGAAAUCCAUCUUGGAAAUGAAGAAAGACCACGAGGACCAGGUCCAGAGACUGAAGAAGUUAAAAGAUGAAGAGAUUGAUGCGGUUACAAGUGCGACAUCUCAGACCAGGUCUCUUACAGUGAUGAUCGAGCAGAUGGAGCAGUUUUCCUCUCGGCUGGGAGAGCUCUCUUCUCGAGUGGAGAGCACACAUGAACACACAGCCCAAGGCUUGGAGCAGGGGGCGCGGCACAGAGAUGAGCAGCUUCGAAUAACGCAAGGCCGUCUGGCCCAGCAGCAGAAAGCCAUGGUGGAGGAGAGAGCUUACCUCAAGGAAAUAAUUUCCAGGAUGGACACUCAGCUCAAUGAGCAGCAGAGACAGCUUGAGAAGGAACGCUGGAAGGUGACAGCAGAGCAGGCAAAGGCAGAGUCAACCCAAAGAGGCCUGGAAGACGAGCGGCGUUCCUUUAAUAUGCAGAUUAACAUGGAGAGAGAGGAGCUGGAAAGAGCCAAGAACGCAUUACUGGAGGAGCAGAAGUCAGUGAUGCACCUCUGUACGGAGGAGAGAAGGAAGCUGGCAGCAGAGUGGGUCCACUUCCACGCCCAGGAGAAGCAGAGGCAUGAGAGGACUGAACGUGAGGUCAGCAGUCUCCUAGACAAAAGAGAGGGCUCAAUCAUCAGUCUGGCACAGGACCAAGCUGACCUGAAGCUUCGCACUGCAGAGCUGAAACAGAAGGAGAUCGCUGUGGCUCAGGAGAGAGAGACUCUGGAAAUACUAAGAGAGGAAGUGGACAAGGACAAAGAGAGAAUAAGCAGCACUGCUUUGAGACUCAAAACACGUGCCCAGGAAGUGGAGGCUUUCAGCAAGCUUGCUGCAGAGAAGUACGAGGAGGGAGAGCGAGCCUUGCAGGAGGCUCAACGUUUGGAGGCCGAGCACGAGACGAGACUCAGAAAUAUCCAUUCCCAAACGGAGAGGCUGAGGCAGCAUGAGCAACGCAUCCUUCAGGAUCAAAUGCAGUUAAAUCAUCUGCAGAAGGAGACUGAGAAGCUGAGACAGGACCCUCCCAUCACCUCUUUACCACUAAUGAUCCCACCCGUUUUACAAGUUCAACAAUUAUGUUCAUAUGCAGACUCAGGUUCAGUGAUGCCAAACCCUGAGCUGGCAUCAACCCUCAAUGUUCCCCCUCCAGCUUUGUUGUCCAACUCUCAGUCUAUGGCACUUCAGGCAAGUCUGGCUCUGUGGAAGUACACUGGAGAAAGGGACCGUGAAUACCUCCAAGAAGAACAGAUCUUCCUUGACAAUUUGAAGAAGAAAUCGUAUAAAUUAUCUUUCAACAAAAACUGACCAAGAUGUGCUGGACCCUCACAGAUGGAUUCGUGUUACUUUUAAAAUGUGCCAAUUACUUGAAUUUUAUACAGUGUUUUUUUUCUCCGUUUUAUUAAACUUUUUAUUCCAUCAAACUCUGCUUAACAUUUGUGUGGCAUCAGAGAUCUGGUUCUUAUCCAUGCUGCUGUUGCGUUAGAUCCACAUCGA